GCUGUUCAUGACAGAGCGGAAAUAAGGUGAAAAAUAGGCGAAAACAGCAAAAGCGAAAGUAAAUCUGUAAUGUGGAGGAAACGGACAGUGAGCGCAGUGUAACCCUGAAAACGAGGACGAAUUUAAAGUGAUCAUAAAAUCGUCUCCAGACGGUCGUUGUUCGUAGGUGGCAGUAAUACACCUGUAAGCUGGUUUGCCAACUGCCAUCAAGCUCAGAAGAAUGAGAAGGAAGGAGGUGGAGGGGCAAAGUGUGGCUGUUCAAGUGGAGCGGUGUGUGCAGACAUGACUGCUGUUUGAAGAAGCGGACUAAGGUUAGAGGAGAGAUACUAAAAUAUCGAUCCUGUCACGUCAGUGUGGAUCUGAUACCAACGUCUGUAUCACUUCUAUCGAUGCUUGUAUCGAUCCGUCCAGCCUGAGUUGAAGCAGCAAUGAGUUCAGUUCAGUAUCUGAGAGAGUUCAUCAAGGAGAGACUAACUGCUGUUUGUGAAGAAAUCUUCUCAGAGGUUCAAAAAACCAUCGUCCAGUAUGAGGAGGAGAUCAACCGUCAGCACAGACUGCUGGAUAUCAGCCGGAAACCAGACAGAAACUCACACAUCACAGACCUCCCACAACAACAUGACUGUGAGGAAGAGGAGGGUCUGGAUGACCAGCAGGUCUGUAACCAGGAGAGGAACUCCAGCCCAGACCAGGAGGACCCAGAGCCCCCACAGGUUAAAGAUGAACAGGAGGAACUCUGCAGCAGUCAGGAGAGAGAGCAGCUUGGAAUGAAGCAGGAGACUGAUACUUUCAUGAAGACUCUGACUUAUGAGGAAAGUUCCCACAGUGAACAAAAACUAAACAGUGAGCAGCUCCUUUCUCACAGCUCUCCUGAAGCAGAGAGCCGAGAUCAUGAAGAAAACCAUUACGUGGACUCAGGAUCUACUAGAAAUACAAAGCUAAAGAAGAGGAGACAUCACAAUGAGCGAGUGGACAACACUCCUGUGUCAGAAAGUAAAACUGACACAAGGAAACAGUCUGUACAGUGUGACACCUGUGGAAAAACGUUUAACUUUAAAUCCAACCUUACUACACAUCUGAGAGUUCACACAGGUGAAAAACCAUAUCCUUGUAGCACCUGUGGGAAACAGUUCAAUCAGAAGUCAUCAUUGAAUACUCAUGUAAGAAUUCACACAGGUGAGAAGCCGUAUCCGUGUAACACCUGUGGGAAAAUAUUCAAUCAGCUGGCACACUUGAAAACUCACACAAGAAUUCACACAGGAGAGAAGCCACAUUGUUGUACCACUUGUGGGAAAAGAUUCAAUGAGAAAUCAACAUUAAAAACUCACAUACGAGUGCACACUGGUGAAAGGCCAUAUCCUUGCAGCACUUGUGGUAAAAGAUUCAGUCAGAGGAUGAACUUAAAGAAACACAUGAAAAUUCACACUGGUUAAAUGUUUAAUACUUUGAAAAUGUGAUACAGCCCUGAGUCAUAGCAAUGUGUUGGUGGUAGAACUCAUACUGACCAGAAGUCAAAUCACUGCAACACCUGAGUGAAAAGAUGAUUCAUGUUCAAGACAGUAUUUCAAGACAUUGUUUAUUUGGUUUCCUACUUUAUUCUUAUAAUUGUAUCAGCCAAACUCAUCUUACAUUUCAUAAAGGUUAAAGUUCAAUAUGCUCCUGUUCUGUUUGUUCAUUGUUUUUUCGGCCUCGAGGGCCGGUGUCCUGUAAGUUUUAGAUAUCAACCUGGGUCAACACACCUGAAUCACAUAAUUAGUUUGUUACCAAAUCUCUGGAGAACUUCAAGACAUGUUGAGGAGGUAAAUUAGCCAUUUGAAUCAGCUGCAGGACCUGGCCCUCGAGGCCUGGAGUUGCUCACCCCUGCUCUGUGUGAAUGCAGUAUAAGAGUGUUCUCUUAUUCAGCUGAAGUUUUUCUUUGUUUCUGAUUUUUAUCCACAACAAUGCCAGGAGUAGUGCGCAAAAGUAUGACUGACUAACCAGUCAGUGGUGAGAGGGGUCCUUGCAACCUCAGAAUGAAAGGUUUGUUUUGGUUUAAAUUUUGUUAUGAUUAAUUUACCUGAAUAAAUAUGCUGGACAAGUGAACCACAAAAAAAAAAAAAAAAAAAAACAGUGGAGGCUCACUGAUGAAGAUUUGGUCCACACCACACUCUGACUCACCUUUACGGCACAGCUAAUGUAAUCUCUGCAAGUUAAAUUAUUCUGCAGAAGCAAAAGUUUGUUUUUUAUACUUUUCCAAUUAGAAAGUUGGGGCAUGAAGAGAUUGGAGAGAGUUAUAAGCUUUCCUUCUUUGGGAAUUCACUUUGACUCUACAGCACAACUCUGAAGCAUGGUUUAAAACACCCACGUCACAUGAUCACGACUAACCGAGGUUUUGGUGCACUUCACCCCAGUUUCAGUAGGUGGUGUACCUGCUGCUUAUAGACAUAGAAAAACAGACAGGUGGGUGGGCUCCAUUCACUCAUAUCAGCAGAGAGAAAGUGGCACAUGGUGCUGUCAACUCAUAAAAUAUCUCAGUAAAAACCUCCGCUCUGCU